UGGGUCUCUUUUAUCUGUUGUUCUGCAGCUCCUCUCAGAUGGUCCAUCUGUCAACCACCUGCAGCCGAUCUUAUACUCACACUGCAGUCACAUCAUGAGCAUACGGAAACUAAGCUUCAAGUGGUUUGGUAGCCUCACCAACCUCUCUUUUCGCCGUUCCACCGAGAAAUCGGAGUCCAAGUCCUCUCCUUCCAAGUCUGGAGCCGGAUGUGUGCCUGGAGAUGGCACUGACUGCGCCGGGGCCACUGCACUGUCACUCCUGGAUCCAGUUGUCGAGACGAUGGACGACAUGGGCACCAUGCGUCCUCGCACUGCCAGCUACGUCCGCUCCAGUGAGAGCUACACACACAUGGGUACGCUGCCACGGCUUCUGAGGAGGAUGAAAGACAAGAAAGGAGGCCCCAGCAGCAAUAAGAAGAGUAAAGACAAGAGCAGCAUCGGCAGAAGUCAAAGCCAGCGACCUGCGGGGGACCAAUGUGUGUCCCGAAGGCCCACAGCAGCCUCAUCCAAAGUGUCUGGAGAUGAAGCUGGAGCUAAAGCUGACACUGGGCUCUGCAAAGGCUCCCUCACUGAUCCCAAGACCCAGCCUGAACCUACAGGCGGAACUAGUGUCACAAACACCAUCUCUGCCAUGUCGCCAUCUGGUGGCUCAACAGCUGCACUCCAACCAGAGACUUGUGACAAGCAGAACUUGAACCCUAAGGAGACUUUUUCACCUCCACUCAGCCGGGGAGAUGAUCAGACACAGGAAAAGGAUGAGUUAGACUCCGGGCCUGCACCGGACCCAAAGGUGGAGGCAGAGAGCAGAGAUGUGACGGAAGGAAACCCAAAUUCUGACUGCAUUUACAGCCACAUGGAGCCAGCAGAGAGCCAGGUGGAAUAUGUGCAGUUCUCCAAGGAGAAGUACCUGCUGGAAUCUCCUCCUGAGAAACUUCGUAAGGAGCUGGAGGAGGAGCUGAAACUGAGUGCUGCUGACAUCAGGAGCCAUGGCUGGUACCAUGGACACAUACCCAGAGAGGUGUCAGAGACUCUGGUUGUACGUAAUGGGGAUUUCCUCGUGCGUGACUCUCUGACCAGCGUGGGUGACUACGUACUGACCUGUCGAUGGGACAAUGAGGUGCUGCACUUCAAGAUCAGCAAAGUCCUGGUCAAAUCCAAUGAGACCAAGGUGCAGUAUGUGUUGGAGUCCGACAGCUUUGACUCGGUCCAGGAGCUUGUGCGGUUUUACAUUGGCCAGCGCAAGCCGGUCUCCCAGUCCAGCGGUGUCCACAUCUACUGUCCGGUGAGCAGGACGCUCCCUCUGCGCUACCUGGAGGCCACCUUCGCUCUGGCCUGCAGCAAGCAAAGCUCCGCCUACUCACCAUCCAGUCAGAGGGGAGCGUACAUCAAGAGACGGAGCGUCACCAUGACUGAUGGGCUGACGACGGAGAAGAUGAUACCUCACAGUGACUCAGACAGUCCCAGUCCAGUUAAGACACCAGUGGCACCACCAGAACCAGAGCCGGAACCUGUGCCCAGCUGCAGCCCGUCGACAAUCCACCACCAUAAAGACGCGAUGCGGAACUGUGCGAUGAGCAUGGACCAGAUUCAGGAGUAUCGCUGCACCUUGUCACCUGUUGGGGAAACCCCACUGUCUCCUGCAUAUAGUGCUAUCACCAGGCAGAGAGCCCACUCAAGUGGGAGGGCCCUGGCUGUCGUCCCGCCCUCCCCCCAGAUGCGUCGUUCCAGCGACCCUCAGCUCAGCCCUUCAGCCAGUAGCAACCCUCCAGAGCAUCCCGUGCAUACCUCUCACUUGGCGCACUGCACGCCCGCCCAUCAUCCCGGCUACCAAUCGCAUUCCUCAGAAACGGCAGGGAGCUACUGUGACCUCAAACCUUGCCCCGCUGGGCCCCCUAAACCCCCGAAUAAGAGCUACGUGGAGCGAUUGCGAGUGGAAGAAGGGAGGGAGGACGGAGCGAGGGUGGAAGGAGAGGAGGGGAUGUUCAGCGCCCCACAGGUGGAGACAGCGUCCUCGUUCAGGCCAUCCAGAUACGAGUCUUGCCUUAUGCCAGCUGAGAAUAAGCCUCUGGAGAUGUCGGUGCUGAAGAAAGUCAAAGAGCUGCUGGCUGAGGUGGAUGCAAGGACCGCGGCUAAACACAUCACCAUGGCGGACUGCACGGUGGCGAGAAUAUUAGGUGUAACCUCAGAGAUGCAAAGGAUGAUGGGAGUGUCCUCGGGGUUGGAGUUACUGACACUACCGCAUGGACACCAGCUAAGACUUGACCUACUGGAGAGGUUCUACACCAUGUCUAUCAUGAUGGCAGUGGACCUGCUGGGCUGCACGGGAAGCACAGAGGAGAGGGCGGCACUGCUCCACAAGACCAUCCAAUUGGCAGCAGAGUUGAAAAGCAACCUGGGCAACAUGUUUGGCUUUGCUGCAGUGAUGAGAGCCCUUGAGCUGCCACAGAUUUCCCGCCUGGAGCAGACGUGGGUGACUUUACGCCAGAGACACACAGAGGGCGCUAUUCUAUAUGAGAAGAAGCUAAAACCUUUCAUGAAGAAUAUGAACGAUGGCAAAGAGUCAAAUGCCGUCGCCAACACUUCCUUCCCCCACAUCAUCCCCGUCCUGUCCUUACUGGAGCGGGGCAUGGCGGUCGGGGAGGCCCUGGAGCCCUGGGAGAGUGCAGAGGUGGGAGUAGAUGUGGUCAUGUACCACUUAGAGGCAGCGCGUACCAUCGCACAUCACGGGGCGAUCUACAGAACCAACACUGAGACCAAAAUGCAGGGAUUCCAGGAGCGAGCGGAAAUACACGAGAUCUUCCAGACAGAGUUUCAGAUGCGUCUCCUGUGGGGCAGCCGUGGCUCUGAGGGCAGCCAAUCGGAGCGCUACGAGAAGUUCGACAAGGUUCUCACCGCUCUCUCGCACAAGCUAGAGCCUCCUGUGCGCCAAAGCGAGCUAUAGCACCUGCCCCACCAACCGACAUCUCCAAAACACCCCCCAUCUGCACACACCACUCAUUGUGCUAUGGUCUAGUUUUGCAUCGUAAAGGAUGAUGUGGAAGAGCCCAGCGAGAACACUGAGGGGGUGAAUGAAGAAGAAGCGGCAGCUAACAGAGCAUGUGCAGUGAGCAAAACAGAAAAGAGGGCCUCACUUAUAACACGUGUUGCACUCAAUGUUCACUUCUCUUUCUGUGCCUCCCUGUGGACUUCCUCAAGCUGAAGAAGAUGGGGGAGGAGGGUGACCCGCUCCUCUGCAUGGUACAAACAGUGACAUGUGUACGGUGCCUCCCGAGGGCCAGACAGAGCUGCAGAGUUUGGCUUUGCUCCAAUAAAACACUCUUGUUUCAAACAACUGCUGUCACACACUGUAGCAGGAAUGCUAACAAUAACUUGCAUAGCUCAUAUAAAGAUGUGUUGUCUCUGUGAGUGAGAGUGUGUCUGUGCGCCUGCGUAUGUUUGUUUACAUUCCUUCAUUUUUGUAUGUCAUUACUGUUUCAUGUAUUUAAGUCUUAUUUAUUUGUUACGAUCAAAGGAUAUUUGAACAUCAUGGACGUUGCUUCACCAAAUUCAUGAGAAUCUGCCAGAGCUUAUUCUGAGGGAACCAUAUUCAUAAAACCUUAUUAAUUAUGUAUCAAGAUGUCCCAUUGAAUCCCAUUAAAAAUGUAUCGGGCAUGCAUUAAUAAAUGUGUCAGAAAUGAAACAUUUGCAGAAGUAAUGCAGCAACUUCAAUAUGAGGGCUUUGCGAGUUGUUAAUGUUAAGAGGACAGAGCAACUUCCCUCUGUUGUAGCUGUUUGACUAAUACAUUUGAUAUUGUGUUUCUUGUACACAUUUAGCUCAAAGCGGCACUAAGACAGAGGAAAAAUGGGAUGUAUACUCAUUUAGUUCAAGCAAUGUUUCACUUAUUAAAACAUAUGUUUCUGUUUAAGUUGCAGAAAUAAUUGAAAUGGUUGAUGCAUGCAGCCACAAAUGUUAUACAAAGUAGAAUGUUGCUCUAAACUACUAAUUCAAAUAUAACAAUGUGUCAAACUUGUGAAAUAUGCAGAUGAUAAUAACCGUGACGAUCUUUCAGGUUUGUAAAAUAUCCAAAUUGAUACCAAACUGACUUUUUCCAGUUUGAAAACCAAUGAAGGAUAAAAGAGGUUCCCAAACUGAGGCAAAUAAGGACACAUGGACCACAGCCCUGCUGCAGGGAAUGUCUUUUGGUUGUACAUUUUGAGUUUGUGUUUCAGCAAUAGAGCUAAUCCUUUUAUUGCUAUGGGAUGUUGUUGUGGAUGACUGUUGAGUGUUAAAUCAUUCCUGUAUUAUCAGCAUGUGGGCCUGAGAGGGCUGGAGCCGACAUCUCAGAGCUAUUCAAUCAUUUCAUCCAAGGGCUGAGACCCCUGAGGUACAGACACCCAUUCACAAAAUUCACCUUUUUUGCCCCCCACAUCAACUUAAAACAUAUAUCAUUUGCUCUCUCUGAUGAUAUGAACCAAAGUCAUAUCAGAUAUCAAUCAAUCAGAAAUACUAUUACUAAAAAAUACCCUUCUGCCCGAUAGUUGCAUAUCAGAGAUUCUUUGCUGGGUGUUUGAUUGUCCUGCUUUCUAGUCUGAGCCUGUAUCAGAUCUUGAGGUGAGGAGCCAUGUGCCAGUUCCCACUGUGGUCCAACAGGGGGCGUUCUUUAGUUAUCAAAACACUGAAUCAUUAAUUGUAAUACAAUAUAACAGGACGGCCUAUAUACAAAAUAACACAUGUAUUGUGUGUUUUGAGACCAAUGUUUGAUACCAAUAAUAUUAGAUAUGAAAUCUACAGGUUUGGGUUUGAUAUCUGAUAACGCAGAUGAUGAAAAGGUGAUGAUAGAUGCGAUAUGUUUUUAUUUGUCCUCUGUUGAAUGCUGUACAGGAAUGCUCUGACCACGUGUGGAUACUCCUGUUUUUUUUAUAACAGGAUUGCGUGAGAUGAACAUGAAAAGCAAAAAGACGAGAAAUGUUUCAGGACUGAUCUCACGAUUUUUUUUUUUUACGAACUGUAUAAAGCAAUUCACUGUUUUUCAAAUAAAAUAAUUGCUUGUGUGAAA